AUGAAGCCUCCCCCGCUUCUGACCUUCUUUUCCCUCCUGGUGGCCCUGGCUGGUGGGAACCUGGUCCAGUUUGGGGUGAUGAUUGAGAGGGUGACAGGGAAGCCGGCACUGCAGUACAACGACUACGGCUGCUACUGUGGCAUCGGCGGCGCCCACUGGCCAGUGGACCCGACUGACUGGUGCUGCCAUGCCCAUGACUGCUGCUAUGGGCGUCUGGAGAAGCUGGGCUGUGAACCCAAACUGGAGAGGUAUCUUUUCUCUGCCAGCCGGAGCAGCGUCUUCUGUGCCGGCAAAACUGCCUGCCAGCGACAGACCUGCGAGUGUGACAAGACAGCUGCACUCUGCUUUCGCCAAAACCUGUCCACCUACAACCGCAAAUAUGCCCAUUAUCCCAACAAGCUAUGCACAGGACCCACCCCGCCCUGCUAA